CUCCUUCUGGCGUUACGCGCGCGCGGUUCGGAGAGAGAGGCGCGUGAUGAGUCGGACCGGUGCGACUCCCUUUCCGGAACACCACCUCUACAGACACCAUCAUCACCACCAACAAGUGUGACUGUCAUGUUGGGUUUUACAAGGAGACAUUAAAAGAGCCACAUUUGGAGAUAUGAAUCAUUUCACUCGGAGAUUUAAUAACUUCCCCGCGUGCCACUGAGGAACUUGACAGUUAAAUUCUUUAUUCCCUCACGGAAAAGUGGACGCCUUGAAGUGGCUGACUAGGCUUUUUAUUUUUAUUUUUUAAAUGUUGUUUUAGUAUUUAUUUCCAGAGAGGUUCAGCCUUCUUUCAGCGAUGACACAGAUGUGAAAUGAGCAAACUACUGCCGCACUAUCUACGAUGUGUGCGCUUUGGUACAACACUACCUUUUCUUGGCAUGGAUAGAAAAGUACCUAUCAGUGCAUUCCAGGGUAAAAGUCUUUACGUGUACAACAUGAGGUGUUGAUUCCAGGGUUGAUUGCCCCGCUCCUAACGCUCUGAAGCUUUCAAUGUCCUCACAAUAAACCUGAGAUUACAGUUCCCUGCUGGAAUGUGCUCAGUGAGCAGUUCAAAUUUUGGAUGAGCUCUUUUAAAAUGCAUUUCAAACGGUUAUAUGAAACUCUAUCAAAUCAAUUUUAAAGGAUUAUCUCAAUGUUUGGCUGAAUGACCUGAUCAUUUUGGCAUUUUGAAAGCUAAUAAAGCUGCAAUCAUUGGUUUCUAAUGCUGGGAAAUAGGUGAAACUAUGAUUGCUUUUGCCUGACGGGAUUUGUUGGAGGGCGCUGCUAAAUAUGCAGGACUUAGCGGGGCCUGGCAUGCCCAGGAAAUCUCCCAUCUUUGAUGGGUUUGCCCUCUUUUGGGGCUUGUUCUUUGGAUUAUUCACAGCAGGUUCACCAGUGAGGGCUUGUCCCAUGAGCUGCCACUGCAUGGAGAAGAGUGGCAUGACCGUGGUCCAAUGUAUGUCUCGCAACUUGGAGAAGAUCCCAUCAGAUCUUCCAAGAGAUACUGUUGUCCUACUUUUGGCAUCCAACCACAUCACCCACAUCCCCAACCACGCCUUCAAAGAACUGCACUACCUUCAGGAGCUGGACCUGUCUAACAAUGACAUAGAAACUGUCGAGGUUGGAGCUUUUCAAGGUGUUUCUGACAGCCUCCAGGUCCUGGAUCUAUCAAACAAUCGCAUCCAAAGUGUCCCCAAAGAGGCAUUUGCCCGUCUACGGGCAAAAAUCAGCCUCUCCAACAACCCGUGGCACUGUGAGUGUACGCUGCAGGAGGUCCUGAGGGAGCUGCGGCUGGACCCCGAGACAGUGAACGAGGUGAUCUGCCACACAGCGGUGCAGGAGGAGUAUGCAGGCAAACCGGUAAUACAGGUGCUGGACUCAGGGAUCAACUUCUGCAACUUUCACCACAAGACUACCGACAUAGCCAUGUUUGUCACCAUGUUCGGAUGGUUCACCAUGGUGAUUGCGUACGUCAUCUACUAUGUGAGACAUAAUCAAGAGGAUGCUAGGAGGCACCUGGAGUACCUCAAAUCACUGCCCAGCAGCUCUCAGAUCAGUAAGGACUUUGACACCGUCAGCACUGUUCUCUAGCAGGGCCGUAUGCAGCUCACGUGUGUGCCUGUAAAUAUGUGAGUAAAUGUGUGGUUAUGUACAAAAUGACUAAAAAGCUGUUUUGACAUUAUCGCCCGUGUUUUUGAUCACACUCUUUCAGUGACUAAAAUGAGGCAUUCAUUUUGAUUUCUUGAAAAAUUUUUUCUGACAAAUUAAAUAUUUUCUAUUAUUCCAAAAUAAUUUACAGCUACACAGGGCAACAAUGAUAGCACAAAAUAAACAAAAUACUCACAUUUCCAUGACAGAUGAUAGAUCUGGACUGGAGAGAUAAAUAUUUCCACUCUGGUGUCGAUCCGCCGUGUGAUUGAAUUUGGACUGAGAAGAAUGAGGACGACAGUGUUUCCGAGUUGCUUUGGAUUGAUUUAUGUUCUUCUUGUCACACUGUCAAAGUAAAGGACAUUUUAUGAGCCACUGGCUAAUAUAUGAAAUAGGGCAAGGUGUUAACAUUCAUCUGGCAUAACAGCUCUGCCUCCAAUAAACCUCACAUAUGAAACUAUUUAACCAGGAAAUAAGGUUACUCUGCAGCCACUGAAUUGUGACUUUUAAAGACAAAUGUAAGAAAAGGUUGCCAUACACUUGCAGCUCUGAUGUGUUAAACGAGCAUUUCAGCAUGUCGUGCCGAGGUUAUGAAAACAAUGUUAACAUGUCUACUUUAUUACCAGGCACAUACCUCCCAAAAAUAAGCUGAUUGGUGGAGUCAACUCCAGUCAGGAAACGGGUUCGAAAAAGAGAUAAAAAAAAAAGUUACUCAAGCCAUCUGAGCGACACCUGUGCAUGUUCACCUACGUGCAGCCCGGAGAAGCAUAAUUCCAGCCUCAGUGUGGGCAGCAAAAAAACUCAUUUAUAAGAUUAAAAGAGGCUGAAAAGUUCCCAGUUGACUGAUAACUCUCUGUGACCCUUUUUACACUUCAAAUCUUUUGAUUCAAUAUUAUCAGCUUUGUAUACUGUUUUUGGAGUUAAAGAUGUGUGGGGUCCAAUUUUAACUGUAUGUAUGAAUGCAUUUCUGUUGAAUGUCAACAUUCAGAAGUGUUAUUUCUCUUACUUGUGAACCAUUGCAGCAAACCACAAAUAGCUGAAUUAACAUGCCACAACCGUUCCAGCUAUUGAUUUGAUUGUAGCACAAUACUGUUUGUUUGGACGCAAACUCAAUAUCUUUUUAACUGCGAAUGGCUUAUUUUGUUGGUCAAGAGUUGAUUGUGUCAAAGUGCCUAUUCUCCGGGACGUCUCCACCAUAGCGUGCGGGUACCAUACCUGUGCACAAAGUUGGACAACUGAGUGUCAAGACCCCUCCCAGUCCACCCUCGCCAUUGUGGAACUCAGAGUCAGUGACAGUGUAUGUCUAGCAAACUUCAGUGUAGAGCUGGAGACCUGAGUCAUAAAGGUGUAAAAGCCCAAUUCCUCAGAUGGGUGGAUUUUUCCAAAAAAGGACAAGAAUAAGUGCCAGAAGACAAUGACAGAAACGUUUUUGAAAGUUGAUAUAUGCUUUUCUGUAAUUGCCAAUGUACUGUGCUUGUCCUUAUGUGGUGAUUCCCACUCAUCUCGUAGUUAAGCAGGUUAAAAUAAACACAAAUAAUUAUUUGCAACUAAUACCAGAUCUACUCUAGGUAGAGACUUGUUUUUAAUUUUGCAUACUGUAUUUACAUGUGACAAAAUAGUCUCUUUUUAUACUGCUGUAGGUUUAUUUGAUACAGAAGUGUCUAGUCUGUUUUGUCAUAUAACAGUGUCUGUGCUGGCCAGUGUGUAUACAAUUUUUACAAUCUAAAGAAAUGUGUUGUUUUUUUUUGUAAAAUAUAUCUUUAGCGAAACCCCCUAUCAAAGUGUUUGGAUGUCUUUGAGAAUUUGUAAUUGGUCAGUGUCUUUUCUUCAUCUAUAGAAGAACUGGUCUAUGAGCUGUGUGUGUCUGUGAUAGAAACAAAAGGGCUCCAGUCAAUUUGUUUGUGAUGAUCACAUACCGUUUCUAACUGUGUCAGUCAUUACUGUAUGUUGAUGU